ACAACAAUAAUCAACUAGUAGCUUCAACAAACGACUCGGAUCAAAAGACAGAUGAUAAGAAUAUCAGACCAACUUCCAAUAUCACAAAACAAAAAGAGGGCAGAACAAAUCUUUUACAAGCGACAUUCCAAAAAGUGUUUCAUGUAAAACCGUCAGUUGAUAAACCAAAAACCUCCAAAAGUUCGAAAAAUUCCGUUGGUCCUGAAGAUGAACGAACCGAAAAAAAAAAUAAUACUCGACCCAUGAAUCCAAGUGCUUCAAAACCACGUUUUCAGAAACUCAAUAAUGGAUCACAUGUUCACAAUUUGAAACCCAAAAAAGUUUAUCAUAUUAAUAAUCUCUUAAAAGAACUUGGGAUUCAUGGACAUGCUCCAAUGGAUGAAAAAUCUCAAAAAGAGGAAAAUGCUACGAAAAGAAAAUCGAUGAAAUCUACUUGUUCUGAUUUGUCGGAAAAAUAUGGAACGCCCCAGGAGGUCAUUGGCAAAGGUGCGUUUGGCACUGUCCGUGUUGCUCACAAAACAGAACCAAAAGUACCGGGUGAAAAGCUUUUUGCUGUUAAGGAAUUCAAAAAGUUCCAUAACGAACCUCCAAAAAAAUAUAUCAAACGCUCGAUAUCCGAAUUUUGUAUUUCCUCUCCCCUUCACCAUAUUAAUAUAAUUGACACAAUAGAAUUGCUUCAGGAUACCCAAGGAUGCUAUUGUGCAGUUAUGGAAUAUUGUGCUGGUGGAGAUUUAUCUUCCUUGAUUGCUUCUUCGGGUGGCUUGGAACAAAGUGAAGCUGAUUGUUUCUUUGGGCAAUUGAUUAAUGGUGUCAAAUAUUUGCAUGAGUGUGGUGUUGCUCAUAGGGAUCUUAAACUUGGAAAUCUUGUUCUCACCUCGACCGGAUGUCUCAAAAUUACGGAUUUCGGAAAUGGUGAAUGUUUCAAGAUGGCAUGGGAAACACAUACUCAUUUAUCACGUGGGGCUUGCGGUAGUGGUCCUUACAUUGCUCCCGAAGCGUUUACUGGUAAAUGGUUUGAUCCAAGGCCUGUUGAUGUUUGGGCUUGUGGAAUCAUUUACAUGAAGAUGAUUACUGGUGGAUUUCUUUGGAGUAUCGCCAAAGAACAUGAAGAUUUGGAUUACAGUAUCUACCUAGCGUCAAGAGAACAUGAAGAAUAUUUUUUAGCACCUUUUAAAAGAUUAACAGAGGAUCAACGUCGUAUGAUGUUCAAAAUAAUAGAACCAAAUCCCGACUUACGUAUCACUGCCGAGCAAAUUACAGAGGAUCCUUGGUUCAAAGGUCUUGAUAUUUGUCAUAAGCCAUUACCAACAAAUAAUCAUUUUCCUACAAAAACAACGUGUGGUACGAAUGCUACGAAUGGGCAAACGACAAAUAUGAACGAAUUACCUAUCAUAAACAUGGCAUAG